GACUUCCGGUCUCCCUCGGCCCCGUCUCGAUGGUCCCGCGUUGGCCUCUCCAGGCCGGCGGAGGGGGAGUGCGAGUGGGCGAGGCCAUGGGGUCGCUGGGCAAGGUGCUGCAGGCGGCCGUGGUGCUGGGCUUGGGCGCGGGCCUGGGGCUCUUCCUCUUCGUGCUGGUGCCGCCGGGGGAGCAGCGGGCACGCGAUCUGCUCAAGGACACUCCGGAGAGGAACCCGCAGCGAAGGGACGAAGCGACCAAAACCAAGACGCUGUGGAUGGCCACGCUCCGGGAGGCCGCAGAGACCCACGAGAACGUGGCCUGGAGGAAGGACUGGAACCGCCAGGCGGGAGGGAGGGCGGCUUGAUGCCCUUUCCUGGCUCCCAUCGGGACUUAGGAUUCCCGCCCCCACACACCUCCUCGGCUCCCCGGGGCCACUCGGGGCUGGGACUCUCUCCCACGGAAAGUGGACACCUCCCCGUUCCCCAGUGUGGAAUAAACCCCGGGUUUUGACGUGACUUUUGGCAGGGGUCUAAGUGGAAUGACCAUUUUGUCCCACUGCACGUCAGCCUCUGGCUUCCCUUCUCUGACCACGAAAACGAUGUGGAGAAAUUACAUUUCCCCAUCCCCAGAGUAAACGUUAACACAAAGA